AUAGUUUCUCGUUCGCGAUUCAGAUCGCGUUUGGACUUCAGAGGAGACGUUCGUUCGCCAGUUUUAUAUAUUCUAGUAUAUAUAUUAGUGUCCACAGAAAAGUAUCCAGUGAGUCCACCAUGUCGAAGCCAGCUCUGUAUUACGCCACACUGAGCCCCCCAUCCCGCGCCGUCCUGCUCACGGCCAAGGCGAUCGGGCUCGACCUUGAACUACGGCCAAUUAACCUGCUGAAGGGUGAGCAUCUGACGCCGGAAUUCCUCAAGCUGAACCCCCAGCACACGAUCCCCACGCUGAUCGAUGGCGAGGACACGAUCAUCGACUCUCACGCCAUCUGCGCCUACCUGGUGGAGAAGUACGGCCAGGAGCAGCAGCAACUCUACCCCAAGGACCUGGUGCAACGCGCCAACGUGGAUGCCCGGCUCCACCUGGACUCUGGCCACCUGUUCGCCCGCCUCCGCUUUCUCUAUGAACCGAUCCUGUACAACGGAUCCACGGACUGCUCCAUCGACAAGAUCGCCUACAUCCAGAAGUGCUGGGAGAUCCUGGAGGGCUUCCUCAAGGAGGAGCCGUACCUUUGCGGCAGCGAACUGACCAUCGCAGACUUCUGCGCAGUGGCCACUGUAACAUCGGUCAACGAUGUUGCCCUCAUAGAUGAGUUCAAGUUCCCAAAGGUGCACGCCUGGCUGAAGCGUCUGGCGGAGCUGCCCUACUACCAGGAGGUGAACGGGGAUGGAGCCGACGAGCUGAAGGCCAUCUUCAAGGCCAAGUUGGCGGAGAACCGUGGCAAAUAGGCGCCAGAUAUCUCCCGCUUUUAUUCUGUAUCCACACACUCUAUAUGCAUAUCCAGUUUUAAUAAACGUCUAUAGUUCGAAGUA